GGUUUCUCCGGAAUGCGUACAGGCUGGUUGUAUUCUUGUAUUGUUCUCGACCUAGCAUAACAUCAUCACUCUCUACAAGUGGCUUGUAAUGGGACGGGUGUCUCCAGGAUUGCGUACAGGCUAGUUGUAUUCUCUUAUUGUGCCCAACAUGGCGGCUCUUCUUUUGGCCCUGCCCGCCCUCCCCUUUCAGGAUUUGUUUAAGCCAUUUUAACUUCUCCCACAACUUUGAGCAUAACAUAGAGCACAAUGAGAUCAAUGAAAAUGGGGUGUUUUUCCCCUCAGCUUUUUUACUCAGGGCAGGGGAGCUAGUUUUUAAAAUGGGUGCUGUGUUUAAAUUUGUAAUAGUUUCUAAGCUAGCUUUUUGUUGUCCCUCCCUCCCCCUCUUUCUAUUAAUAAAUUGAAUAUAUGGGCGGAUACAGGGGUGGGCACGAAAACGCUCCAGAGCGUCCAAAAAAUAUUCCCAGCACAACUAGUUCGACUCCUCAAAUUUGCCAGCGGAACCAUUCGGGACGAUUUUUUUUCCCAGCAUCUUCCCAGCUCACAACUGGCAACGGAACAGAUAUAUUGCGGAACAUAUCCUUUUGUGCCCUAGAUUUAUUACCAUUUUCACUGGCAGGACAGGCUUUAUUUUCUUACUACCAAUCAGAAUAUUGUCGGUCUCAUCAAUGCUAAGUUGCUGUUUUGAACAUUUGAACAAGACAUCCACGCCCCACGCUCAAAAUUGAUUCACGCACGAGGUAGCCAAUCAGAACACAGGACAGCAAUGAUUGACAAGCUAGAACAGGAGAGGCGCGCAGUUCCGAUCAUUCCUUCGCAAGAUUUGCCAAACAGCACGUUUUGGAACAACGUUGUUCAAGAAUUUCAAAAGACUGAAAAAGAGGUUCUUGCGUGUUAAUCUACAUUAUGGAACACCUUCCAAGACGUUCAAGAAACCCUAGUUGUACUCUUUGCAGUAAUCAUGGUAUCAGAUCGGAGCUAAAAGGACAUAAAUACAAUUGUCCUUACAGUUCGUGCAAGUGUGAGCUCUGCGACCGUGGCAGAGAAAGACGGGAAAUCAUGCGAAAACAAGUGAAAUUACGGCGACAUCAGAUGAGAGAUAUUUUAUCAGGGAGAGAAACCGCGGCUCCCGUUGAAAAAUCGAUUCAGGAAAACUUACAGGAUCCUAAAGUAUGCAAUCAAAAUGGCUUCCAGAAGGAACCUGUAAUUCCACCCAUAGGUAUGAGUCAUCCAAUUAUUGGACUUCCUGAAAGUCCUCUCCUGAAUACAAAAGUAUUCUACCCUCGGUUCGCACACCCAAGCUCCCCAACACUACGCCACAAUGCUCCGCCAGUACCAAUGGUCUCAUACUCACCCAACAGCAAAUACUACUGUCACUACUCCCCAUAUCUGUCUCUCCGUGGCCUUCAUGCUGAGCCGCAGCACCACUCUAGCCCACAAGGAUACCAAAUCAGCAAACCGGUACAGAUUGGAGGCUUCAACACUUCAGAGAAUAGCGCCUUUGAGAAGUGUGCAGGGGUGGUCUUUACUAACUCGAGCAGCAUGCUUGCUACAGAGGCAGCAAGUGCCUUGGCUACUCUGGCACAGUCCUAGGAAACAUAUGAUUGGCUAGUUUAGCACAGUCAUAGGAGACAUAUGAUUGGCUACUCUGGCACAGUCCUUGGAAACAUAUGAUUGGCUACUCUGGCACAGUCCUUGGAAACAUAUGAUUGGCUAGUUUAGCACAGUCAUAGGAAACAUAUGAUUGGCUACUCUGACAUAGUCAUAGGAAACAAAUGAUUGGCUACUCCGGCACAGUCAUAGGAAACAAAUGAUUGUUAGUGCCUUGGCUACUUUAGCACAGUUAUAGGAAACAAAUGAUUGUUAAUGGGUUCACUACUCUAGCAAAGUCAUAGGAAACAAAGAGUUUUCCCAUAUAAUAUCUAUCACUGCUCCCUCCCUCCCCCCCCCAAGCAAUUCCUGGCUAAUCGCCUAGCUAAAUCUUUAGCAUUCCUUGCACUGAGAGGGUCUCCGUGUCGGCCACCAUUUUGUCUUCUCCCAGCUUUUUUGAGACUAUCUUUGCGUAAUUUGUCUUGAAAAAACUGAAUGAAAACAAUAACAAAAUUGUGGCAGACAACAUUAAAGGCCCUUUAAAGCUUGCAGCUAUCCCCCAUACUCCUUUGCAUGUCUUUUCUGUCUUCCCAUUAUGCGAGUUGAGCCACUGGUGAGGUUAAAGUCAGGCUAUAAGAAACAACUGAUUGUAAGAGAAUACAGGAGUAAAGUGUAUGGGACAAUCAGCAAGAUUUGUGUUGUACAUUUUCAGAUUUCAUAAGAUCAAGUAUAACUAAUAAUUAAUUUAAUUGUAAUUAUGUGUGUGAACUGUUAAUGUUACAGUUGGUCCUAGUUAGACCUAUUUUUUGUUGAAUAAAUCUGAUCAUUUUUGCAUAAUAAGGAAUAAAAAAGAAAAAGGAAA